UGUCGUCCACUCCUUUCGAGUUACGCUAACGUACACUCGGAAGCUUGCUACGCGGACAAAACCGACGAACACUUUACCCAGGAAGUUUGUCCUGUCGCUAUACGUCCCCCCAGAGGUGGCUUUACGUGCUGGCUAGUGCACGUCGGUUGAUAUAUGAAGCGCCGGGUGCAUGGUACCGUCUUUUGCUAUCCUGUUGAAAAAUGCUGAUUGUGUAGCUGUAUGGCAUGUUCGUUGGGAAGCCUCUGUUCCACCGUUCGGUGUGAUUCACUGCUUCUCCCCGCCUACCAGAUGCAGGCCUUGGGCGAGUUCCCCACGAGCCUUCGGAAUCGCAGUCGAUUGAGCAAGGCGUGGUUCAGCAACGAUGGUACCCUUCGACACAAAGAUGUAUUUCCCAAGAAGUCUUUGGAAGCUUUGAUAGAGGAGCAGAGUGGUGGCGCUGUGAUAUUGUCGCUGGAUUGUAUGGAUUUUAUGCGUAGGACGUUGACUAUCGAGCCGAACGAACGUUCGAGUAUUGAGGAGUUGUUGAGCCAUUGGUGGCUCAAUUCUAACUGAGAUGUUCCAUGUUAUAUAUCUAUACGAUGGAG